AUAAACAAAUUCAACAAGAUUCCUGCAAACAAAUCUGCAAAAACUUCCUCUAAUUUUGUUAAUGGAAACCAAGGUUUCUUGGAAAUAGUUUAGUUGAGAGAGUUGGGCAAACAACUAAAGAGAGCAUUGAAAUGGAUCAGGAAGACUUUUUAGGCCCAUCAACAUCAGUUGCGAGUCACAAAAAUGAUAGCAUAAUAAAUGACAGUCUCUUUCUGGGACCUCAAAGCUCACUUUCAUGUACAGUCUAUAACGCCAGUUGGAUGAGAUCUUAUUCUUUAAUAGAGCAGCUUUCUCAGAGGUGCCUACAAGAUGACCUCACUCUGGCAUCAAUGGAACAGGAGUGCCUGAUCUUCUCCGAACAAAUGAAACAGCUUUUGAAAAGGAGUAAGAUGGGACCCAUCCGCCCACUGAAUGCACAUGAUAAAUUGAAUUUGUCUUGCUCCAGUCCUGUGACUGUUCACUUUUCCAGUCUAGAAGAGCAGGAGGAUUUGGUGGAUCACUUGGAUGUACCGUCACUUGUUGGACAAAAAAUUAAGGUAGACAUGUCUGACAGGAAAUACCCGACAGACACAACAGAGGAAGAAAAGGCUUUGCAUCCUCAAAACCUAUCUAAAGGUACCGGCAACCCAAUGGAACAUGCUGGAGUUUCUGAUGUGACUGCAGAAUGUGCCAGGCAGUACGAAGCAUUGAUGAAGGAUGUUUGUGCUGUCAAAAAGGUCCCACCUAGACCUAAACACUUAAGAAUGGAUAGAGGUUACUCAAAGAAUGAACCAUCCACAAGUAACCAUUUUGACUUCUGUGAUCAAAUGAAGAGAGAGAUGGAUGAGAGUUUUCGCAGCAAUCUGAAUUCAGUCGUGAAGAAAUCCUGUAAAACGAAGUACAGAUUCUACAUACUGGUGACGUCAGAUGAUGCCUUCUUUGAGGAAACCAAGGCACAGUUGGAGGCAGAAGGCCAUACUGCUGUACAGCCAUCUGAGUUCUUCCUGGGUGAGGAUAGUUCUUCAUCGCUACUCAUCAUCCUCAGGAAUGAAGACAUUGCAGAGCACAUUUGUGAGGUCCCACAUUUGCUCAACCUGAAGAAGUCGCCAGGUGUGCAGUUUGCUGGAAUUGACGAACCAGAUGAUGUUGUGAAUCUUACCCAUCAGGAGCUCUUCACCAGGGGUGGUUUUAUAAUGAUCGACAGAGCAGCACUGGAGUCCCUCAGCCUUUGCAACAUGAAAAAAUUGUCAGAAAUCUUGCAAGAGCUAAGCAGAACGGGGAAGUGGAAAUGGAUGUUGCACUACAGAGACAGCCGUCGGCUGAAAGAGAAUGCAAGGUUGAGUGCAGAGGCAAAAGAGAAGAAGCACUUCCUAAACUGGUGCCAAGAAGCUGGAAUAGUGGAGGUGCUGCCUUACCAUGAGUGUGACCUCACGUCAAGAGAUCAGCCUGACUAUCUCACAUGUUUGGUCCAUUUGCAGGUCCAGAAUAUAUCAGCCCGUUACCCUGUUUUUAUUACAGAUACAACAACAGACAGCACAUUUGGAAAGAAUGGAAUUUUAACAAUGACUGCAAACUCUUUCCUGACAUGUUCUCCAAGCAAAACAUUUACAGUCUAACCUGGAAAUAUUAAGAUGGACAAAAUUCAUUUGUGCUUAUUUAAGGUACCCAGCAGUCAGAAACUCACUGAAUACGCGGAGAAACCAGUAAUUAACCAGUAAUGGUGAUUUCAAACAUACUAUAUAUUAUUUUUAGGUUCAGCUCUUUUGUAUGCAGUAAUCUUAAUAUUUUUCUUUUUUAUUCAGUUAAUGAAUAUAGGGACAAAAAUUCCAAUAUACUGGCAGGUGAAUUGUAUAUACUGUAUUUGUAUUGUAAAUUGUAAACAUAAAGAUCAUUUUUUGUCACAUUUUGUAUAUUUUGUCUUUUCCCUGACAAUCCUGACUUUAUACAGUUGUAGCACAAGCAUUAGUAGUGUUUGUUUAAUUAUUACUUUUUGUGUUCAAAGUUUUGGUCU